AUUCAGACGGGAAUAUGUAUACAACUCAGAGCUAUCAUGAUACUACACUACACUUCCUGUCCGUAAUCCUACACAAUUCAUCCGAGAUUUCCAAUGGAACACGUACUGUCAGAGAAACACAUGUGACGCAUACGGCUAGUAUUACAGUUUUACACAAGCCAUCCGUCCCUCUAGCUAGCCUUUCUAUUGUCACACCCAGGCAGGAUCACCACUUGUACUCUUCCGCUGGUGUCUGGUGAUCGAUCCCUUGGGAUUGCAGGAGCCGGUGACAUGGCUGAAAUGAUGUGUAGUAUGACAGUGGGCGGUUGCGGGUCAGCUUUUAUGAGUGCUGACUUUACGUCUGUCGAGGGUAUAGCAGCUGUGUGUAGUACAACCCGCCCUCGAUUUCUCGCGUGCAUUGAGAACGUACCCGCGGAGUGUACUGCCGCCGUGAACACUCCGGAGAUGGGAAUGAUGCGCACGCAACUCGACACCUUGUGUGGAGCAGGAGGAUGCAGUAUGCCUGACUUGUUUCAGUGCAUAUCCAUAUUACAUGAGAUCGAAGAAGGUGCUGAAAUGUGCAGUAUUAAAGAAAGUUUCCUCGCCUGUGACAGAGGCCUUCCUUCCGCGUGCAAAACAGACUCAAAUUACCUCGCCGCUGUGGCACCAGCUCGUGCAAUGCUCACUAGCCAUUGCUAAG